AUUUCCGCCGCUGCUCCCGCGCACGCGAACGCGCUCCAUCGCUGUCAUCAGUACAACAUCAGCAUCUUCCGGGGGGCGCGCAGAGGAACGGGAGGAGGAGGACGGAGAAAGAGAGAGAGGGAGAGAGAGGGAGAGGAGACGUUCUGGAUAAAGGCUACGACAAAAACCAUGAUGAUAAUGGAGUCGAGUCGGUGGAGGAUGUCGGAUUUACGAGAAAGGACUGUUGAAAUUUGACAGAGGGCUCGCGUCGAAAAGUGGUCUCCAUUUUUAUUUUUUUAUUAUUUAUUUUUUUAUUUAUUAUUUUUUUUUUAGGGGGGAAGGGGGUUUCAUUUCGUUGCGUUUGAUUUCCACAUGCUGCGUGGACGUUAAAGGCAAGCGGAGGAAGGGGAGCACCCCACGGAUGCCUCGGAAGGUAAAAAGCGGGGUCCACCUCUGGCGCUACGGGCAACAAGACGCAUCUCAUCUCACGGAUGGUGAGAAAGGACAUCCCGGAGAGAGCUCUGGGCUGAUGGAUGAGGAUGAAAAAACAGCUUUAACCCCCUCCACCCGACGACUGUGAAAUAAAGAAGAAGAAGGAAAAAAAAAAUCCUAUUUGGAUGGAUUUUUGUUAAACAUUUACGGUGUAGCCCUAAGGAAACGAGCCUCAGACAGCAAUGUUGAAUCACUGGUGUUGGUAAAUUAUUCAUCAGAGGUAUAUGUAGGCUAUGAUUUUCUAUUGCUUCAAUGUAGCAUUUCCCCCCCCCCCUGUUCAUUUUGACCAUGUUUAGUCCUGUGAUCUCUUCUACAUAUUUGCAGGUUUGAUUUUUGUCGUGUGGUUAUGUAGGCCCGUUUAUUAGCCUUUAACAGCCACAUGAGACACAGGAAAGCUUUUAUAUAGCGAACAAAAAAAGAAGAAAGAAAGAAAGAGAUCUGGGUAGUGAGGUGUGUCGAGCUGUGUGGGUAUUUUUCUUUUUUUUUUUAAACAUUUUCUUUCCUUGCGAGAUUCUAAAGAAUAUCAGGUAUAUACAUAUAUACAUAUAUACAAGGGGAGAAAAAAAUAAUAAUUAAAAAAAAAAAAAAAAUCAAAAGACCAAACAUGUUGCCUUCCCAAGAAGCCUCCAAGAUCUACCAUGACAAUUAUAUGCGCAACUCCCGGGCCAUCGGGGUGCUGUGGGCCAUCUUCACCAUCUGCUUCGCCAUCGUCAACGUGGUGGUGUUCAUCCAGCCCUACUGGAUCGGCGACAGCGUCACCACGCCGCAGGCCGGCUACUUCGGCCUCUUCCACUACUGCGUGGGCACCGGGCCGUCGCCCAACCGGGAGCUCACCUGCGUGGGCAGCUUCUCCGACUUCAGCUCCAUCCCGUCCGGAGCCUUCAAGGCGGCCUCGGUGUUCGUGCUGCUGUCCAUGGUGCUGAUCCUCAGCUGCAUCGCCUGCAUGGCGCUCUUCUUCUUCUGCAACACCUCCACCGUUUACAAGACCUGCGCCUGGAUGCAGCUGCUGUGCGGAGUGUGCCUGGUGCUGGGUUGCAUGAUCUUCCCCGACGGGUGGGACGCCGAGGUGAUCCGGGACAUGUGCGGAGAGCACGCGGGGAAAUACUCCCUGGGCGAUUGCUCCGUGCGUUGGGCGUACAUGUUGGCCAUCAUGGGCAUCCUGGACGCCCUCAUCCUCUCCUUCCUGGCCUUCGUCCUGGGAAAUCGGCAGACGGACUUUUAUCUCGACGAUCUUCAGACAGACAACAAAGAUUUUGCUGUGUCAAGGAUUGAGGUGCGGGACAGAAGAGAGCCGCGGUACGGAGUGCAGCGUCUUCACUGAGGGCAGCACUGGACAACACCUUUUCUUCUCUUUCUUUAUCCCCCCUCUUCUUCUUCUUCUUCUUCUUCUUCUUCUUCUUCUUCUCUCCAAUGAUCAGGAUAUCGCCCAAUCUCAAUGCAGACACCAAGUGUACAGGAUACUGUAAGAUUACAAAAAAAUACAACAAAACACACUGGGAUAAACUAUAUUUUGAAAAAAAAAAAAAUUAUACAAGGUUGUACAGUGCAUUUAACACUCGACUUUCUCAAUGAAUACCUUUAUGAUGAACAAAAAAAAAACAGAAUUACUGUAUUUAAAGUCUCGAUUUGUGUGAGAAAUUCAGUCCUUGAGAUGAAGAACCAUAAUGUCCAUGUUCAUGAUUUCACGGUGGUUCCUUUCCAACUUUGCUAUUUACCGACUUUUUAAGUUUGUGUGUGUGUGUGUGUGUGUGUGUGUGUGUGUGUGUGUGUGUGUGUGUGUGUGUGUGUGUGUGCAUCCACGGCUUCAGAGAAAAGAUCACAUAAGAGUCGAGACCCGCAAUACAGGCAGCAAGUCCAUCCUUAAACAUUUAAAAAAAACAACAAAAAAACAACUGGGACUCGUAUGGCUCUUCAUCUAAGGAAUUUCAAAAGGAGUACCCCCCCCCCCCUUGCCCCUGCACCCCCCACCCCUCCCCAUUGCAGCUUUACAGAACCUAACAUCUCUGGGAGAUUCUCUACUGUACAUACGGAACAAUGUAAAUAACAUUACUGCUGACGAAAACAGCCGACGACAAAACCUCAUCUGACUCUUUAAUGCAUUCGAGUGUAGUAUUUCUACCCUUUGGUAUCAGUGUUUUCCCCGCGCUGGAAGAGCAUCGGAAUCCGUGUGUAAACUCAUCAUCGCGUUUCUACGACUCCUCGCCAUCGCCACCGGUUUGUGGUGGGAUCACGCAGGCGACAAGUGAAAAAGGUGGAUACAUCUCCCCCUCCACCCUCCCCCACGGAGCAGCAUGAAUCAAAUUAUUUGACACUUCCCAUGCGUCACCAUGGCCUCAGAAGAAGUCAUUUUUCAGCCUUCAGUCUACUGUAAAGUUUGAAUUGCUGAGCUUAAUUGCAGUUCCUUUAUUAUUUUUAUUUAUUUUUUAUUAUUAUUUUGGUCCAAAUUCCCCUCCCUUCGUGCUAUCUUGCAACCCCCUCCUCCAGUGUGCAGUUUACUCCAGUUUAUGGUUCCAGCAUACAGUGAUCAGUUUACUCUACAGAUGUCUUAAGACUGUGUGAAUACGGCUGUCGGCCCCCAAGUGCUGCAUCGUCUUAAGGUGAUGUCACUCAUAUGCCUCUACGAAGGAGUGGAGCUGCGUGCAGAAGUGGGCACCCAAACGUUAAAAAAAAAAAAUACAUAUAUAUAUACAGUAUAUAACUAAAUUGCUUCAAUAUGUCUCUGUUACGAGGGUAUUAGUCGGCAGCAGAAUAUGUUCACGUUUGGUGUCCUGACGUUUCAAACUUUUCAGCCAAUUUUGUCAUUUUAGGCAGGAUUUUAUACUGAGAUACUGAGCUCCAGAUUACAGUCCCCUCCAAGGCAGCCCCUAUAAAAAAAAAUAGCCUACAAGUAGCCGUUUUAAACAUAUUUCACAUAUUAUAUGAAAGCAUGUUGUAUUCAUAAAAAUUAAAAAAAUGGCAACCAUUUUUUUUUAAGUCUAUAACUUUGAGGAAAGUAAUGCAGUCCAUAUAAAACUGUUAAUUUGGCAUACGAAUAACAGCUAUAUUAACAUAAUGCCUAUUUUUAGCACAUUAGUUUUAAAAGUGUAGAUUUUCAAUGUGGCAUUUUCUAAAAUAACGACAUUCGAGCUCAUAUGUAUCAUGUGGCCGCUGUUCUUUCCAGUGCACAGUGAGGACUGAUAACUCAGAUGGUAAAUCCUGAUUAUGAGUCAUUUGCUUUUCUUUUGUGCUCCUGCAAAAUUGGGCCUCAUGCAAGAACAUUGUUCAACCCUUUAAGACCUAAACAUCCGCCUGCGUAUAAAAAAAAACAAAAAAAAAAAAUUUGUGGUAUUUGAAUUACUGUAACUCACCGAUAGACAAAACUCAGAGUGUGGCUGAAC